AUGGCAGGGCACAAUUUCUGGAUAUAUUUUGGAGUUGUAACUAUUCUGGGGACUCUAAUGGUUCAGGGUAAGUGGCGCAGUGGCAAACUUUUGGCACAUCUUCAGCGGCUGGAUGGUUGCCCUCUUCUUUACCAAAAUAAUCUUCGGUCUGCCAUGUAUAGGCUGCUCAGAGAGACAUCUAUCUCUCAAACUCUUGAAUUAAUUUUGAGCAAUAUUCACGUCAUUAUAAUGGAACAGCCUCCACAUUUUGGUAUAUUAUUUUGGACUGGCGUCAUAACAGGUCAGAGAAAAUGCUGAAAGUAUGGCUGAGGAAGUGCUUUCAAAACUCAUACUGUGGUUAUCCAGAUGGAAACUGGAGGGGGCUGUGUGUUGAAUCAUUUGAGAUCAGAAUCAAAAUUAGAAUUACUUAAUUGAUCCCAAAUUGGGAUAUUUUGGAAUGUGGUGAAUGGUAUGGUGUUGGAUAUUUAGUUUGUUGUUUGGUCUUCAUUUAGCAUUAGAUAGACACGGGUACACACUGCCCCACGACCCUUAACCCCACAUAAGGGUUUCUUUUAAAGGGGACUGUGUAUUGUAGAAGAGACACAGUCACUCAAGGUGAGCUUGAACCCCAGCCAGCAGUGAUGUUGAAAUGUUUACCAGAGUGGUUAUCUUGUCCUGACUACAUUUUGCUGCUCGCUUCAUUAUGACCUCAAAGUGUCGGGUCAGCUGUGUGACAAAACUUGAACAACAAAUCUGAACUACAGCGACCGAAUGUUACCAAAGGUUUGAUAUAUCCAACCUGUCUGAUAAACACCACAGUCAUCAUCAAUAGUCACGCUUUUCAGCAUCCCUCUGUAAUUACUCAUCAUUGAUUAAAAAAAAACAAAUAUCAGCAGCAGAGAGUGAUAAGGUUAAAGCAUAGUCACCACACACUGACUGUACCUUGUGACCAAAUAUAGAAUAAUACAGCUGAUCUGCCUUAUGAGGAAUAGAGUGCAAGCUGAAGGUAUAAGUCUAAAGUGAGUGUCUCUCUCUCUCUCUCUCUCUCUCUCUCUCUCUCUCUCUCUCUCUCUCUCUUUUAUUAAAGACUUUUAUGAAGUCCUCAUUGUAUGCAUUUGUAGUAUACAGGAUCUAAAGUUGUGGUAAAAAAAAGUUAUAAUAAACUCCCCAGAGUGUUCUUUCAGUGGAUAAAAUGUGUUGUGGUGCAGUCUAGAGGAAAAUCUGAUACCUUGCUUCCCAGAGGGCCAAGUAUCCUUACUUGUAACUAUAGUGGAGAAAAUGUGUCCUCCCAGCUGCACAUCCAGUGGGACAAACUUCUGACAUGGCCUCUAAGUGGAGAAAACAUAAUACUGUGGUUGCGGGAAAGACAGAGCAUAGUCAAAUGCCAUACACUUGACAGAGCACCAACUGGUUUUAACAUUGUCCUAAAAAAAAAUUGUUUAGUUAAGUCAAGGUUGUCACUCUGGUCACAUUGUAAGACAGCCCAAUGUAACCCAACCCCAAUUUGAGGCGUACCACAGGGCUCAGUCCUAGAUCCCCGACUGUUUCCUGCAUCUGCUGCCUCGUUAAACCACGCUCAUCAGCCGAAUCACCAGACCAAGGUUCAGCUCACCAUACCUGCUGUCCAUUCCACAGACAAAGUUUAAGACUCAGGGUGAUCAAGCAUUGGAGCCCAAACCUAUGGAACUCUAACUCAAACCUAUGGAACUCUCCUUCUCCAUCACUGCAUUCUGCUGACUCUCUUAAGACUUUUAAAAACAAUUGGGGGCAUUGGAGUCGGCUGGGUCAUGCAGUCAGCUUGCUGUCUAAAUAAUAAUAAUAUUUUUAAAAAUUCAAGCUUACACCACCAAAACAAAAUCUAUUUAUGGUUUUAAAGUUGCUCUCUUAUCUUCCUUCAGGAAGUGUUGCUGUUUUUCUCUGUGAUGAACUGUAGAAGGUGGUGUGGAUCUGUUUACAUAGUCUGACAUACCGGCCUAGUUUGUUGUCACAGUCCAACUGCAUUUAGAUAAAAACACAAGGUAAAGAAACUACCUCAAUGCUGCAUUCUCACACCAUAUGUUUUUUUAAUCAGUUCUCACAUUCAUGGGUCAGAUUAUGUAUUUAACAAUAACUAAUAGUUAAUAGUUGUCAGGCCCUUGGGAAGUCAGACAUUUCACCACUGUCAUCCACAGUCCACUACACCGACUGUCCCAUGGGAGAAUUAUGAUAAGAGCUCCAAACUAUGUGACAUUCAUGUGCAAGACUGAACCUGGCAGACUUGGAAAUGAAUUGAACAUAGGAGUUGACAUAUUCACUGCUCUGUUGUAUCUGUAACUGUCACCAUUUUAAUCUUACAAUGAUAUUGAUGAUUUUGUGGAUGACCUGAGAGUGACACAGAGUCCUGGCUUAGAGCGACCCAGCUGCUGUGUAACUUGAGCUGUGGGUAGUGACAGUUGGCAGGAAAGGGGCUAAGUGUCUGCAAUAACCUCUGCUUUUCUCCCUCUCUUCGUCUCUUCUGAAGUUCAUACUGAAAACAUGAGAAAAUCCCAGUGCUGCAGCGUGAUAGUUAACAGACUCCAAGACAGUCUUUGUAAUCUGAAGUCUUUUGAUACUGGUGCAAAGCAUACAAAAUGAUUUUUUUUUUAGAAAUACACUUAAAAUCUGGACCACUUGAUAAAACAUAAAUGGUCAUUAGAAAAAUAAUAUGACUAAAUGGAAUUAUUGGUUUUACUAAUUAUAAACCCAAGAUAAAUCGUUUUAACAUAAAUACUUAAAAAUAUCUACUGCAUAUAAAUUAACAUCUGUCACAUAAGUACUUGUUUAUUCUCAUGUUUAUGACAGUAUCAUUUGUACUUUUCAGAACUGGAUUAGUGUUUUUCUUAGAUAAUGUUAAAUAAAAUCCUGUAUAUGAAUUGUUACUUGUGUUAAAUGUCUAAUCUGUGAUUGUGCAUGUUAGUCAAUAUUUUAUGUUUCUUUUUUGUACAUAGAGCAAGCGAACUGAAUCAUGGUAUGUGCACAUCAGCUCGGCCAAUGAAACUGAUUCAGACUCUUACAGGGUUGAAAAAAAAUGUAGGAGUUAUAACAAGAUGUUGGGCCCCCCCUGGGUGUCAAUGCAAGUAUUUGAGAGUACUGGUGCACACACUACUGAGUAAAUGAAAACAUACUUUACAAAAGAAAAAAAAAUGCUGCACAGUGAAAUGACUUUACUGUGACUUUAUUAUGAUUGAACUAUGGUUUUCGCCUGUAGUUUCUUCAGGCUUGCCCAUCACAAUCAAGCAGGCAUUCAUAACUGUGACAAAUAUGCGUGGUCACAUGACCGGUCGCUACAACUUUAACAAUUAAGUGACAUAUUACACGGUUCAUGGCAUUUGUAAAAAGAACAUGGUAUGGUUAACACUGUUUCUAUUUUAUAAACGGUUGUUUUUUUAAACACAUUAUUUUUUUCAAAUAACAAGGCAUAUUUGUAGAAGACAAAAAAGAGCUGCAAGCACAAAUACAACAAUAUUGAUAUAGAGAACAAUAUCCUAGUGGCUAGCUGUGAAGAAGUGUGCGAAACUUCACCAAAGUGUGUUGGAACAGUGUGCAUACAUUCCACAUCUGUAAGUGCCAUACACUUAAUCAGGACACUAGCAGGUUUGUGUAGAUUCUCUGCACAAACCAUCACCCUGAAAACAAAGUCUCUGAUAUUCUUACCUCUCCUGAAACAGUAAAAGAUCUGGAGGAUGUAAAAUGGUUCAAACUGGGGUCACAUUGUAAGAUAGUCCUAUGAUUGUUUAUGACAUGGACAAACAUCAAACUGGUUAAAAAAAAAAAAAAAACCUGGCUAAGUUUUCUCUUUUUCUAAAUGAUUUUGACUGCCACACAUAAUCCCCCAAAAAUGUACAAAAACCCAUACUAUCGUUCAUCUUUCUUGUCCAUGCAGUUCAGUGUAAUGAGGAGAAACUUCUGAUCAAAGACCUGUUCCAAAACUACAACAAAAAUAUCCGCCCUGUUGUUCAUCCUGAAGACAAACUGGAGGUUCAGAUCAAGCUAACCCUCACCAACCUGAUCUCUCUGGUAUGGAGUUAACCUUUUAAUGUUAAUUUUUUUAUUCUUCUUUUUCAAAUUUGAGUAUCAUUUUUCCUGUUGAAUGGAAAAUAUGUAUAGCUCUUACAAAGGAGCAUGACCACAAUUCAGCAUCAUGUUUACAGUACAGUAGCAUAGAUCAUUAUUCUGGCCAGACCUUUAAUCACGAGCACAGCGAAUACAGCUUGCUGGAGUAUGAACUGAGCAGUCCACUUCUAAUUUUAUUCUACUUGUUCUUCUCUUUUAUGACAGAAUGAAAAAGAGGAGACUCUCACGACCAAUGUGUGGCUUCUGAUUGUGAGUGUUCAGUUUUUACAAAUCCUGGCGUGACUGUUUUUAGAAAUUUCUUUUUUUUUUUUUGCCAAAGAGACUUUGUUUCUUUCUCAGUUUCAGCCUUCAGUCAUGUCUUGUUGACCUCUCUCUCAAAUGUCACUCACAGAAAUGGGCUGAUUAUCGUCUCGCCUGGAACACAUCUGAUUAUUUUGGCAUUGACCUUAUUCGUGUCCCAUACAACACUGUUUGGCUUCCUGACAUUGUGCUUGAGAACAAGUAAGACAGGACAAAUCAACUCAUAAAAUUAUCGCUGCAUGAAGGGAAAUCAAAUCUUUUCAUUGUUGAUUAUGUCUCUGAAUUUGUCCUGUUUAAACUGUUUUUGUUUUCUAUCCUAAAUCACUGCAGCAUUGAUGGGCAGUUUGAUGUGGCCUACUAUGCCAAUGUAUUAAUCGACAACACUGGUGGGAUGUCCUGGCUGCCACCUGCUAUCUAUCGCAGCACUUGUGCCAUCGAGAUUACCUACUUUCCAUUUGAUUAUCAGAACUGCACACUAAUAUUUAGGUACCUAGAAUUAAUCUUAUUUUUAAUCAGCAGAAUUGAGAAACAUCCAAGCUAUUAGUAUUUCUUCUCUUAUACGGUCUCAUGUGCAUUCACCUCUAGAUCCCAAACAUACAGCGCCAGAGAAGUGGAACUCAUCUUAGCUGUUGGAGAAAAAGGUGAAACUACUGAGUGGGUGGACAUUGACCCUGAAGCCUUUACAGGUAAAGUACACAAACUCCAUAUUUAACACAUACAAACACACACUCCUUUCUAAGCUUAAUAUGUUUUCAAAUCUCAGAAAAUGGUGAGUGGGCUAUCGUCCAUCGUCCAGCACGUAAGAUGAUCAACACACGGUAUUCCCCUGAUGACCUGGAGUAUCAAGAGAUCAUGUUCAACAUAAUCAUCCAAAGGAAGCCCCUUUUUUAUGUCAUCAACAUCAUCCUGCCCUGCUCCCUCAUCUCUUCACUGGUCGUACUGGCAUACUUCCUUCCAGCACAGGGUCUGUAAGCCAUGUGUAUUUUCCUGAAAUGAUGUUACACUGAUCUUUCAAGGGCUGUUUAAGAGUUUUAGAGUGUGUUUUAUUAGCUUUUUUCCAUAAGAAACUAUGACAAGAACCAAAUUGGAGUAAACCAAGUGAAUUUGAUUUUAUUAUAUUACUUAAUUUUGAAGCCAGGUUUCAUGAUAUUUUGUUCAGUUAUCAUUUUUCAAAAGAUUUAUAAAAUAUUCCAAGCUAGCAUUGUUAGCUGCAUGUUAGGUUCCUGAGCUCAAGAGCACAAAAGGUAUGUGCUACUUAGCAAGUGUGGUGAUUUAUGUGAUGUGGAUCUCUGUUCUCCUAAAUCUCUGCUAUCCUCUCCACAGCUGGUGGACAAAAGUUGACUGUGUCCAUUUCUGUCUUGCUGGCUCAGACUGUCUUCCUCUUCCUUAUUGCUCAGAAGGUCCCUGAGACAUCUCUAUCUGUUCCUCUCAUUGGCAAGUGAGUCAGAGGGAUCUCUGCUGCCAUCUGCUGGAUUUUAUUUUUCUUAUCAGUUCAAACAGUUUGAAUCUCUACUUCAACAAAGGUCUCCCCUUAUGCCUCCCUCAGGUACCUGAUCUUUGUUAUGUCUGUGACAACUCUCAUUGCCACUAACCAAAUUGUGGUGCUAAACUUCUCUCUGCGUAGUCCCAGUACUCACACCAUGUCUCACAGCAUCAAGCAUGUAAGUACAUUCUGUGCAGCUGAGUUACAUUCGUCAAUCUAAAAAGUUGUUCAUGUAAAGUAACUGAGAUUACUGUAACUGCCUCCUGCAGCUAUUCCUGGAGAUGGUACCUCGCUUUCUAGGCAUGUCCCCACUUGUAGAUGACAGUGAGGUAACAAUGGAGAUGAAUGGAGUGAGGGAACGGCGUCGCAGUUCCUUUGGCCUCAUGCAGAGAGCAGAGGAAUAUGUUCUGAAACAACCUCGCAGUGAAAUGAUGUUUGACAAACAGAAAGAGAGGCAUACUCUCAAGGGAUCGAUUGGUAAGAAAUCUCUUUGUGUAAUCAAGUACUAGGUUCUGACUUUCCUUUAGGCCUCAGUCUGAUUUAUAUACAUUUCUGCAGAAGAUUACAACCAAAAUACUUGGAUCAAUGUUUCAUAGAACUAAUUGACAGAUAAUUCCUUCAUUCAGUUUGCCGUUGCCCUCCCACAAUCCAGUCAACAUGCUGCAAAUGGUUUCGUACUGUAGAAACAUCCAGCCUCUUGAGCCAACCCAGCCGGCUCAUGAGGUCCUGGCUGCCACCCCUUUUCUCCCCAAUCUCUGUUAAUGAGGCUGCAGACAAACUCAGCUCCUCACUGGUCUCCUCUCUGGAUAAACUCUGCUGUCUGGUGGCAAAGCCUGUCUGCAAACACCCUCCUAGUCCCUGGCUUGGUUAUGUCAUCAGAGAGCAAAGAGCAGGCCUCAAAGGGAGAUCUUUUAGAGUAUUUUGUAUUUUGGAGAGGAGAAUAAUCCAAACUGCACUACCUUUCAAAUGGGGUCCCUCAAGGGUCAGUGCUUGGUCCCAUCCCUUUCUCAAUGAACACCAUGUCAGUCAGUCCACUAGUUCAGCUUGAAUUUCAUCAUGCCCCAGUGAUAUUUCAAAAUAAAGGAAUGCAACUUUCAGCUCAACCAGUCCAGCUUCUGGUCAUUCCAGCCAGUCCUUCCAAACAACCCCAGACCAAGACCCAGCUUGGAUCAAAUGAACUUGUGCCCAGAAAUUGGGUGUCAUGAUUGUUGACCCACAACCCUCCCCUUUAAGUUUCAUGUGGCCUUGUUUGCUUGCUUGGUCUAUAACAUCUGGAGGAUCAGACCCUACCUGACAGAGCACACAACGCAGCGCCUAGUCCAGGCUCUUGUAAUAUCACACAUUGACUACUGCAACUCCUCUCUGGCUGGCCUCUCUGCAUGCACAGUAAAAUCUCUGCAGAUGAUCGAGGACAUAGCAGACAAAAGCAGUGCAUGUUUUUUACAUCAAAUAUAAAACCUACUUCUUACCAACAAAAUCGCAAAAGAAAAAAAAAAAAACAGUUCCUGCCUACCUGCUGUCCCUCAUGCAAGUCUACACCCCCUCCUGCCCACUGCUUUAUGCCAAUGAAGCAUGCCCAAGUAAUCCUCUCCUCUGUUGUACUACAGAAGUGGAAUCACAAAAUGCUUUGAGAUCAGUGGAGUCCCUCUCUAUCUUUAAAAAAAAACUAAAUACUCAGCUCUUUGGAGAACACCUAUGCACUUAAGCUUAGUUGGUAGCACUUGGUAGCUUGGCAUUUGGUGAUGUACCACCACACUAAUGAUGAUGAUGAUGAUGAUGAUGAUGACAGUGUCAUUGUGACUUUAAUAAGGAUGACAGUUCAUUUUAGUUGAUUGGGUGAUGAUGAUACAGUAUGACAAAAAGGUGCAUUGCUUCUUGCACUGCACGACAGCACUAUGUCCAAUUGUACAUGUGGCAGUUUGUAGCACUUACUCAGGUUGUUUCCUUUCAUCUAGAUCUUUGCGUAUGUCGUACUUACUCUCAAAUGUACGUUGCUUUGAACAAAAGGCUCUGCUAAAUGACAUCUCUUUGAUAAGCGACCCUUUGUUUGUACAUACUGAGACUGUAUAUUCUUUCACUCCUUAUUAUUUCCCCUUUUCACUGUCAAAGAUGUCUGCCAUGGAUAUCCCUUUUGCAUAUUGAGAUCUAACUGUCAGCAUCCUUCCCUCUAGUGGAUAAUACUGACGUCAGUAGCACUGCCAACCUCUAUAAGAGUUUGGCCCAGACUGCACCUGAGAUCAAGCAGUGUGUGGAUGCCUGCAACUUCAUCGUAGAGAGUACAAGACAACAAAACGAUAUUGGAUCUGUGAGUGUUACUUUCAGCUGUAUAUGCUCAACCAACAGUUUGGGUGUAGUAUUAUUCUGUCAAGCAAUCUUAUGUUUAAUGAUCUGGACAAUUACUGGUUUUGGUCAAACUUUUAUUUUAAUUUUCAAAUUUUGACUCACUUUUUUUCUAUUAAAGGAAAUUGAAAGCUGGGUACUGAUUGGGAAGAUGAUCGACAAGGUGUGUUUCUGGGCAGCCAUUUCCCUCUUCACCAUUGGCACAGUGUGGAUCUUCUUAACAGGACACUUCAACCGGGCACCUGACCUUCCAUUUCCUGGGGAGAACAAAAGAUAUGCUCCAAGUUAA